GCGAGAGAGAGAGAAAGAGAGAGAGACGGCGUCCGAUGUGUCUUUUUUUUCUGCACAUCACUUUGGAUAUUUGCGCUUGUGCAGUCCUGCUGAACGCGGUGCUCACCUGCCGGGGGCCGCAUGGCUGUGGAGCGACCGAGCAGCUGAUUUAAUAGGAUAAUCCGAGUAAUUGCCUCCUCUUAUAUAGCCCUCCAUUGAUUCUGUCGACCAUUCUCCUAAUCACUGUCAUGAUUUUCCUCAUUUCCCUCUCUCCUGCUGUUUCAAAGUGACCGGCUGCAGGUGUUCAUUCGGCUCCGUUCUGCGCCAGUCAACGCUGGCAAUAUGUAAUUUCUGGGAUUAGACACUGCGUUUUGUUUUUGGGAGAAGUGGACUACUAUCUCGCAGCUUGGAAUUCUUUGCUUUUUGAAAACGUUUCUGUUCAACUCUGCAGACCAGAAUCGAUUCUGAAAAAAUCCGUGAUGGUGUGGGGCUAUCAGAACUGACGGCAGAGUGAACGCUAUCAUUUGGAAACUGUUUGUGGGACUGGUGAAAAAUGAAAGCUCCCAUCCCUCUUCUGAUCCUGCUUCACGCCGUUGUGGUCCAUUGCCUGAAAGUGGUGUCUAAGAGAGGCUCAGUGGAAGGCUGCACGGAUUGGUCGGUGGACUACCUGAAAUACAAGGUGCUUCUGGGGGAACCUGUACGGAUUAAGUGUGCUUUAUUCUAUGGAUAUAUCCGGGCCAACUACACCCAUGCGCAGGCUGCGGGACUCAGCCUCAUGUGGUACAAAAGUGCGGGACACGGGGACUUUGAGGAACCCAUUAGUUUUGAUGGCACACGGAUGAGCAAGGAGGAGGACGCCAUCUGGUUUCGCCCGGCCGAGUUGGACGACGUCGGGUACUACUCCUGCGUGUUAAGGAACUCCACAUACUGCAUGAAGGUUUCCAUGUCCCUGACGGUGGCCGAGAACGACACGGACCUCUGCUACAACUCCAAGAUGAGGUUCUACGAGAAGGCCGAGCUGAGCAAAAGCAAAGACAUCACCUGCCAGGGCAUUGAGGAUUAUAUCCAGCCGGGAGUGGAGCCUGAGAUCGUGUGGUACAAGGAGUGCAAGCCAAAGCAGUGGAGACAAACCAUCGAGAGGAGGAGGGACACCCUGUCCAUCAAGGAAGUACGGGAAGAUGACAUUGGGAAUUACACCUGCGAGUUACAGUUUGGGAACUUUGUGGUGCGGAGGACGACUGAGCUGUCCGUCACAGCUCCCCUGACAGACAAGCCGCCAAAAAUCCUCGUCCCCUCAGAGAGCCAAAUGAGCAUCAUUGAGCUGGCAAUAGGAAGUCCAGUCAACCUGACGUGCCGAGCCUUCUUUGGAUACAGCGGAGACGUCAGUCCACUCAUCUACUGGAUGAAAGGAGAGAAGUUCAUCGAGGAUCUGGAUGAGGAACGAGUCCAGGAGACUGACAUCAAGACGAUCCGGGAGCACCUGGGUGAACAGGAAGUUUCCAUCUCCCUGACCAUCGACUCCUUAGAGGAGAGCGACCUGGGGAACUACUCCUGCUACGUGGAGAACGGGAAUGGGCGGCGACAGGCCAACAUCCAGCUCAACAAGAAAGCGGAGCUGAUGUACACAGUGGAGCUGGCCGGAGGUCUGGGCGCCAUCCUGCUGCUGCUCAUCUGUCUGGUGACGCUCUACAAGUGCUACAGGAUCGAGCUCAUGCUCUUCUACAGGAACCACUUUGGCAGUGAGGAUUUAGAUGGAGACAACAAGGACUAUGACGCUUACCUGUCCUACACAAAAGUGGACCCGGACCAGUGGAGCCAGGAGACCCGCGAGGAAGAGCGCUUUGCCCUGGAGAUCCUCCCCGACGUGCUCGAGAAGCAUUAUGGGUAUAAACUCUUCAUUCCAGACAGGGACUUGAUCCCCACAGGAAGUUUCACCAAUGAUCAUUUCCAGGAUGACACAAGACUCCUUAGAGCGUACAUCGAGGACGUUGCACGCUGUGUGGAUCAGAGCAAGCGCCUCAUCAUCGUCAUGACGCCCAGCUAUGUGGUGAGGAGGGGGUGGAGUAUCUUUGAGUUGGAAACGCGGCUGCGCAACAUGCUGGUGACGGGUGAGAUCAAAGUCAUCCUCAUCGAGUGCGCCGAGCUGCGCGGCAUCAUGAACUACCAGGAAGUGGAGGCCCUCAAACACACCAUCAAGAUGCUGACGGUCAUCAAGUGGCGCGGGCCGUCCAGCAACAAGCUCAACUCCAAGUUCUGGAAGCAGCUGCUCUACGAGAUGCCCUUCAAGCGCAUGGAGCCCCUCAGCAUUUCCCACGAGCAGGUGCUGGAUGUCAGCGAGCAGGGCCCCUUCAGCGAGCUCCAGACCGUCUCGGCCAUCUCCAUGGCGGCGGCCACCUCCACCGCCAUGGCGACCACACACCCGGACUUGCGCUCCACCUUCCACAACUCUUGCCACACCCAGAUGAGGCAGAAACACUAUUACCGUAGCUACGACUACGACCUGCCGCCUGGCGGCACCCUCCCGCCGCUCUCCACGCUAGGCAACCAGCACACCUACUGCAACAUCCCCAUGACGCUCAUCAACGGACAGCGACCGCAGUCCAAGUCGCCGCGACAACAGAGUAUAGAGGAGGCUCACGGCAACAACGCCAUGCUGCCGCUGCUGCCAAGAGAGACCAGUAUAUCCAGCGUGAUCUGGUGACAGAGACUGAGCCGUGCGGGGUAAACUCUGGAUCUUAAAGAUGUCCGUCACAGGGAGGACUCACCACUGGCACUCGGACCCUGAACGCACCAGAGCCAGGCGGCGCUGAAGGGCACUAACGUUACUCGCUGCUGUUGAAUUUGCACCAGGAAACACCCGGAGGACAAAGAGGGCGCGGCGGGCACGGCUGGACACAUCGGUGGCAGAAAGUUUAGUUUUGGUCCAAUAAGAGCUUUCAUUGAAACUGAAGAAGAAGACAGAAGAAGCGAGGAGAACUUGUUUUUGUAUGCCUGUAUAAACACUCACGUAACACAAGCCAACACCUACGAUCAUUUACCCAGAGAGUCAAGGAAUACAGGGUCCUGUACAUACGUUUUUCUAAUUCUUUGUAGCAUCAGUGUUUGGGACUUGUUUCUUGUUUAUCUUUUAACAUCAGUUGGGACUCUUAACUUUUUGAUUUCUUUGGUUUCAGUUUGUGCAAAAGUGAAGACAUUGGCCUGUGAGAUGUUAUUCGGGAUAAACCGUUGUUACCUUUAUCUUAAUUUGUUGGCUGGUGUAGUUUAUAACGUUUUAACAGGGAGGGUAGAAGAUCCAGCCGGCCGGAGAUGGAGGACGAUUCGGUUUUUCGGAUUUCAUCUCCAGCGGCUUCUGUAAGGGUUGAGAAUUUGGACUCAACCAGAUUAUGCAAAACAUGGCGUCCAGAGAGCGAGAGGAGAUUGAUUUCCUGAAUUGGGGGAAGUGGAAUCUGUAACGAGGGGGUUUGAAGAACAUGGUGCUAGGCUUCACAUCUCUCUGUUUCUCACACGAUAACUUUUACUUUGAAAAAAAAAAAAAGACAAAAAAACAGCCUUGCUAUUUACCUUAACAGAUGAAUAUAUCACCGAAAAAUUAAUGAUGUGUAUUAUUUUAUGAAAGAAGAAGAGUCUAUUUUUGUAACGGAGGGAUAUUUGCUUAGAGACGUUAUAACUCUGACAUGAGACGUAAUCAUGUUUUGUUAUGUGGAACUGCACAGCUCACAUAAAAAAAAAUGGUCAGCUCAUUCACUAAAUGUCUUACCCUUAAUAUCGCAAGAGGAAAAAAAAAAGUUUGUGUUGUCAUGAUUUAAAACAAAAAAAAAAAAGGACUUUUGACAUUUUCAAACUCCACACGGGUCGCAGCUCCGAGGGCUUCUCAUGUUUUUGUUGAUUUAACAGUUAUGGCGGGUGUCUCAGUUGAUUGGACGGUGAUGGAGCUGCUCUAUUGAUGAUGUCAGAACAAAUGGAGGAGAGGGGAAGCUGUGAGUGUUACCUGAAGCAUUUUGACUCCACCCGGUUUCCUGUGGGACCAAACGAGGCCGUCCAGGUCUCAAACGUUCUCUCUGUGUCCUACAUGUCCUCUUGAAUGACAGCUUGUUAUGUGUUUCCCAACAGGUCAGUUCAGUUACGCUCUCAGGUUUAUCAUCACAGCCCGAUUCUGACCGCUGUGAGGACGAGAUGUGAAUAAAAUUCACCAACAAGAUCUUAAUCGACCCCCAAGCUGUCAGCUCGGUGAGUUGCUUCAAAAUAUGACGAUGUAGGUACCCUUACACUAUCCCGUUCUUCUGGGUCCAUAUCCCUUGAGUUAUUUCAUCCCUCCAGCCUGAAUCAUCAUUUCUACCUGUUAUGUUACCUUUGAUCUCAAACAAGUUGUGCAUUGUCGGGUUUUAAAGUUGACCCACUGUGUCGCAGUAACAGAGUGAGAGAGGCUUUAAAUCACAUUUUGAAUCUCUCACUCUUUUUUUUUUUUUAGAAGUUUCACAGUAUUUUAAAAAACGGUACACUCGCACCAGACGUGUUCUUUUCCACAAAACCGUUCUUGUAAUUCGCCAUUUUUCAGUGCCUGCCUUUAACUUCUCAUUAAAAUGAAAAGCUGGAGGAGAACGGGGGUUUUGAAAUGACACCAGUGUGGUACCUACAGCGUCAUAUUUUGAAGCAGCGGGACUCUGACUCGGCUGCCAUAUUUGACGCUGGGCGGGCGAACAUGCUGCUGAAAAACCUGAAAGCAGAUGCUGACUCGAUGAUACUAAUGGUGGUUUUAGAUAACGUUACCAGUUGUAUCUUUGAGCGACUGACCACUGGUAAUCAUGGGAUAUAUUACCAUCUUAACCAGUAGGCUUUUAGAAUGAAACCCAAUUAAUGUUGAGAUCAGACGAGUUACUUCAAGUAAGUCAGACCAAAGCGAGCUACAGGGAACCAUCUUCAUCUUUUUCUUCCCCUCUCAGAGGUUUCUUCCUUCACCACCGGUACGAUCUCAUCAAGUCAUUAAGAAACAAGAGCUAUACUCACACAUCCGCUCAGACCUGUGACGGCAGCCGGUGUACUUCCUCCUCCUGCAGCUGUGCCACAGUCUUUGAAAAGAAACUAACCUCAUACUAAAAGACCUGCAAGCAUCUCAUAACGGGGAGGUGUUUCAUUUAGUGCCGUAAAAUAUGCAAAGUGUAAACACAAAGUUAUGUUAUUUCGCCCCCCCCCCCCCCUCCUUGUUUUCUUUUCGUAAUCUUAAAAGUUUUCAAUUUGACUUUUACCGAAUGUUUCUGAACAGGCCUGGAUUUGUUGACACAUUUAGUUUUUUGUCGCUCAGCAUACCUCGUCAUGAGAAAUCUUUAAAAUCAAGCAUUCAGUUACUAACCAGGCCUGUAUUGAACCAAAUCAAUCCGACCCCCCCCCCCCCACCCCCUUAUGAAAUCAAGACAGAUUAAGGGCAACAUUUCCGAGCAGAGGAGUGUCGUCGUGUAAAUAUAAUCAGAAACAAUAACGUGAUGAAUAUGAAGACAAUCGAGCCAUACUCAUGAAAACCGAUGGUCAUUACCCACAAAGCCUGUCAAAGUGGAGAAUCCCGACUGGAGGUUCA